AUGACCCAGCCAUUUGCUACGUAUAGUUCCCCUGAGGUCCAAGAACAGGUGUUCCAAGUGAACCCGUCUCAAGACCGCUACAAUACUACAAAUGGCAUCACCACGGGGCCCAGUGCUUAUGUCUUGGAAGCAGGACAGAUCGACAAAGACAAGCCAGCGGAGCCUAAAUGUAACAAGGACGGCGAAUUCACGUUUCUGGGCAAAGUGAGGAUGCAAUUGACUGGUCUCCAAGACGACAUUAACGAGUAUCUCACGCAGCAAAUGGAAGCUGCCAAGAAUAAGAAAUUGAAGCAGGAUGACGAGCUGCGAAUUAAAAAUGAGAUAGACAAGCUACUAGAUGGCGGAGAUGGUGACGAUAGCGAGGAUUCCAGUCCUGAAAACAAGUAA